UACGCGCCGUGAUUCCGUGAAGCCGUAGACGUCUCGGGCUCUCAGCGCAGAGCUUUGCCAAGAUUCCCUCUCUCCGGCGCCACCACCCUUUUUCUUUCUCCUCCUUCCCUCCCUUCCCCUACAAAAGCCGCGAGAAGCGGCGGAGACGAGGACUAGGAGGAGGACUACCCUUUUGCGCCUGGGCCCCUCCCGCUCUGCCGCAUUCGCGUCCCCGACCCGCUCGAGUAGGAGCCAUGGGCCUGGAGGAGGCGGGGCGCGCCGCCGCCGCCACCGGCAAGAAGCUCGCGCUGGCGAGCAUCAGCUUCGCGGACGUCCGCGUGGGCGCCGCCGGGGGCGCCGGAUACAAGGACGACCUGCUCGUCGUGGGGCUGCCCGUGCCCAAGGAUGACGGCCUCGACGUCGUCGGGGACCUGGCCGUCAGGCUGCCGGAUGUAGGCGCCGCCGUCAGGACUUUUCUGAGGAAUAGAGAAGUUGCGGAAUUCGUCAGUGGAGCAAUGGCUGGGGCAAUGACUAAGGCUGUUCUAGCUCCUCUAGAAACAAUCAGGACAAGAAUGGUUGUUGGGGUAGGAUCAAAACAUAUUUUUGGUAGUUUUGUGGAGAUCAUUGAACAGAAUGGCUGGCAAGGGCUCUGGGCAGGCAAUACUAUAAAUAUGCUCCGGAUCAUCCCAACUCAAGCAAUUGAGCUUGGAACAUUUGAGUGUGUCAAAAGGAGUAUGGCAUCUGCACAAGAGAAAUGGAAAGAGGAUGGGUGCCCAAAGAUACAACUUGGCAAUUUGAAAAUCGAGCUGCCAUUUCACUUAUUAUCACCGAUUGCCAUUGGAGGUGCAGUUGCUGGAAUAGCUAGCAGUUUAGCGUGCCAUCCUCUUGAGGUUCUUAAGGAUCGUAUGACUGUCAAUCGCGAGGCUUAUCCUAGUAUUGUUAUUGCCUUCAACAAGAUUUACCGCGCUGACGGCAUUGGUGGUCUUUAUGCUGGCCUCUGCCCAACAUUAGUUGGCAUGCUUCCAUAUAGUACAUGCUACUAUUUCAUGUACGAGACAAUCAAGACUUCUUACUGCCGUGCACAGAAAAAGAAAUCUUUGAGCCGUCCUGAGCUACUGGUUAUUGGGGCUGUUUCAGGCCUAACUGCAAGCACAAUCAGCUUCCCUCUGGAAGUGGCAAGGAAGCGGCUUAUGGUGGGAGCCAUACGAGGGAAGUGCCCACCCCACAUGAUUGCGGCAUUAGCUGAGGUGGUCCAAGAAGAGGGCUUCAAGGGGCUUUUCCGAGGAUGGGCAGCGAGCUCCCUGAAGGUCAUGCCGACGUCUGGUGUCACUUGGAUGUUCUAUGAGGCAUGGAAGGAGAUCCUAUUGGCUCCCCAGCUCCAUGCCUAGCAAGAGCACGCAGCUCAACAAGGGCAUUGGCACUGAGACAGAAUAAGUUUGUUCUGCUGUGUGGGAUUUCCAAUCUUUUUCUCUUUUCAAAUCCCACAUGUGCCAAGUAUCUAGGCAAAAAAGGCCAUCUUGUGCGGUUUGGCCGAUGAUUAGAAGCAUUAGUUUGAUUAUCCUAUGCUAACCUGGAUUGUCUAAUUACUAGCAACUGUUAACAGAAAGGGUAUGCAUCGGCCCCAAUCAUUGUUGUGAACACUAAUAAAUAAAUAAGUUACCUCUUC